CUCCCAUCGAUACCAUUGCCAGCAUCAUCUAUAUCGCAAUGUCAAUACCGACAAGAGGACUGCUACGUUCGACGACGCUGCUGGCUUCAGCAAGAGUCAGCACUGUGCAACGGACCCUUCCGCCGGUCUCCCAGCGCUUCAAUUCUACAUCCACAGCUGCUUCUUCUUCCUCCGCCUCGUCCAGCAAAUUCGUCCCACCUGCACCACCCAAAGGACACAAGGGCGGCAACACACCUCGUGUAGGCACCACUUUCCUACUCCUUACAGUAGCGGGGAUCGCAGCCACCUCCUAUGGCCUCUAUCGCUACUUUACCGCAUUUGAGACAUGGCCGCCACAAUUGCGCGAUGACCUUAGAGCAGCUGUCAAGCUCAGAAACUCCGGAGAUGUGAAAAAGGCUGAAAAGAGGUUCAGAACCGCUCUGGCAACCGCUCAGAUACUGUCGCCCGAGCUCCUAGCGCCCUCUCCUCUUCUCAAGGUGACCGGAAUCAGCAUUGCACUCGCCUCUAUGCUGGAAGAGGCCGGUCAGCUCGAUAAGGCAUACAUUGCCUACAAGGAAGCCUUCGAGUCAUGCUGGACCUCGCAAGGAAGCGUGGAGGGCAGACCAGGCGUGGAGCGAGCACGAGCCGUAGCCAUCUCUCAGAAACUAGGAGAGGUGGCCUUGCAGAUCGCCGUCGUUGGCCCCGAGAGGAGCAGCGGGAGCGAUCUAAUAGGAACAGCCGCCGAGAGGGCUCUACAUGCACUGCCUCUAGGCGACGCUGAUGCAGAAGAAAUUGGCCCUCCUCCCCCUCUGCCCAACAAGCGAGCCGCCCGAGAGGCAGCAGAGACUCACCUCGUCUGGAGUGUCGAAGAGCUGCUGCGCCUCUCCGUCCCACAAGAGGUUCAGCAGGCCGCUGCUGCCACAUCUGCCGCUUCUCGCCCAGGCGCUGAGCCCCUAAGCAAAGACGUCAGUCAGACCGACUCGGUCUCUCUCGCCGAGCUAGAUCUGCCACCUUGGGUGAGCCAGACGGAUCUCCUCGGCUCCGUUGAAUCCCUUGGCAGUUUCUACGCCCGCGAAGGUCGCACAGAGUACGCCGUACCCCUCUACCUGCAGGCCCUGGAGAUCCUCAUCCCCACCUCCUCUGCCAAGGCCCGGAAACCCCAGGAGAAGAUCACCGUCUCGGAUCGCUGUCGCGCGGCAGUGGUGAUGAACAACCUCAGCCAGCUCUUCCUCGAAGGCGAGAAGCCAGACGAUGAGGAGUCUGCUAAAGCCACGGCGGCUGCUGGAGGCAAGGAGAAGCAGGCAUUGCAGUGGGCCAAGAAGGGACUGGCUCUAGUACAGUCGACGAAUGCUAAAGUCGGAUGGGGUUUGGGUCAAAGUCAGGGUCAGAGUGGGGCUGAUGAAGGGACAGUAGCGCCUACAGUGGGCAAGGCGAAGGAGAUUGUGGGCACAGAGCAGGAGGCACGGACCGAGGAAGUGAGGAGAGAGUGCAUCAGGGCCGAAGUGACUCUGUUGGUCAAUCUGGGGUCCCUAUCGCAGCUGGCAAAGGACGACUGUGCAGCUCGCAACUACCUACAGAGAGCUUACCGCUUGGCUGAGCAGGAAGGACUGCGCGAGGCUAGAAAUCGAGCAGCCUCGAUGCUGGCUGGUCUGGAGAGGUUUAAGGCCAAGGGCAGAACAGCCUGAGGGGAACGAGAGACGCAGAGUAAUACCAUCACUUAUCGCCAUCAAUCAUGAUCUGUCUCCAGAACUGUGCGAUGAGUUCUUCGGUGUAUCUUGAUCUGGCAUUGCAUUCUCUCCUUGCUACGAACGACUCUGAGCCUGCCUGCGUCGCAUUGUACACAUCUUCCCUGCCUUUCCUCUCUUCAGUAUGCCUUCGCUCUAUGUCUCCU